AUGGUAGCCGUCCCAAUCGGACAAAUACUGCUCUCGGCUUAUGGAUGGACGUCGAUGGGCAUGUACCUCUACUUGGUUUCCAGAAUUAUUGUAUGCCGUAUAGGAUCUAACUCUAUUAAGCAACAGUUCAAAGCCUCCUACUAUCUGCUAUUCAUACUGCAAGCAGCUGCUGAUUUCUAUGUGUUCCUGUCUAUUGAAGUGAUACAGAAACCGGCGCGCUUCAAUUACUUCAACAUUUCUGAGGAGAGAUUGCAGGGCUUCGCUGUACUCUCAUACGCAAACAUCAUGAUAUCAAGCUCAGUGAUCAACUGCGGUCACGUGGUCAUUGCUGCGAACCGCUGGACUGCAUUUUACAAAACAAUGAGCCAUGAGAAGGUAUAG